ACUUAUAAUUUUGGAUUUUAUUACUUCACAACACUAUCAUUACAGCUUUAUUAGACCAGACCUACAUUAAGAAAUUGAAAUAGUGUUUACCAAAAGAUUGACAGAAAAUGUCCUCUGAUGAUGGUGUAAUCGGGACAAAUGAUGAUGCCGCAUCAUGCAAGCGAUAUGCAGUGGAUAAGGGUUAUUGGAACGAUCCAUAUAUUUCUUACAUGGUACCAAAAUCUUCAUCAAGAAAAGCCCCAGAAAUCAGCCGUGGUUACUACGCAAGAGUAACUUCAAUUCAAUUACUUGUGGAAAAGUUUCUUAGGGUUUGUCUGUCUGUUUAGUUAGCUAAAAAAUUUAAUUGUUACAUUAUGAAAUUAAAGAAUAAUUUACUCAUUUAUUUGCAUGCAAUUUGUGGCAGUGGGCCAUUAUUAGUUAUUAUUAUUAGAUUAGGUUUAGGUCAGUGAUUGGUAGUGCAAGCUGCUCCCUAAGUUCCAAUUCUAAGCAUAUAAAAUAUAUUGCUCAUUGGUUAGAGCGUAAAGCUUAUGUCAAGUUUUUGUACAAUUAAAAGUUCUAAUUCUAUUUUUGAGCUUAAUUAAAUGCAUACUCCUACAGCUAAAGGAAGACAUUAGUGAAAGUGGAAUGAGUGAUUGAAGUUAAUUUUUUUAAAAUCUUAUCCUGAUCAAUUAGGCAAAUUAAAUACUGUAUCAUUUAUUUUUUUCUGAUUGAAAAAAGGUGUGGUAUAAAAACAAUAAAACAUUAUUUGCAUAUAUCUGUAUACAUUUGAGCAAUUUUUAAUUGUAUUUAUUUGUAUCAUUCCAGCUUACAGAAUGUAGGUGUCAAAUAGUCAAUCUUGGUGCUGGUUUUGAUACUAUGUAUUGGAGGUUAAGCAAUGCUGGUCUUGUUCCGAAAGGUUUUGUAGAAGUUGACUUUGAACAGGUCACUUCAAGGAAAUGUCAUUUCAUCAAGUCCAAGCAGCAAUUAUUGGAAGCCCUGUCUGGUGAAGGUAAAUUAUUGUUCAUGUUUUAGGCAGUUAUUGCUGUCUAUACUAUGUGUCAUUUUUUAUUUUUGUAGUGGCAUACUUUAGAAUAAAGUUUACUGGCAUUACUUUGACAACAUACAUACAGGAUAAUUUUUUUCAUUCUGUUUUAAGACAGUGGUGCUUAAUAUUUAUCACUAAAUAUAUAUAUUUCAUAAAUAUAUAUUUAGUGAUAUUAGAAAUUCACCAUGCAAAUAGCCCAUUUUACAUUAUUAUUGUGCACUCAGUUUUACAACAAGUGCAUAAUUAAUUUAAGCAACUUAAUUAUUAAACAUUUUGCUUGAAUACAGAUAGUGAAAUCAUGAUGAAUAAAGCAGAACUUCAUUCAGCCAACUAUCACCUAGUAUCUGCAAACCUACGAAAUAUUGGUAGCUUUGAAGCCAAGCUAUCAGCAUCAGGCAUUGAUCGAUCUCUCCCUACACUGUUUUUGUCUGAGUGUGUUCUUGUGUACAUUGAAGCUGACUCUACAGAAAAGUUGAUAAAAUGGAUAGCUGACAGCUUUCCAACAGCAUUUUUUAUAAACUACGAACAGGUGUGGUUUUGGGUAAUUAUUUUAAUCAAUAACUAAUAUAAAGGUGCUUAUUUUUUCAUUGUUACAUGUUAAAUUCCAGAUUACAAUUCAGAUUAUUUAGAUUCCUAUCAUUGUUACAUUCAGUUAAACUCUUUCCGUGCCAAGCCAUGAUAUAUAGUUGAUUUGACUGGUCACGUUUGUGCAAAGCCAUGAUAUAUCGUCAAAAUAAUUUACUUUGUUUUAUUUCGUUGCCUGCGGCUAUCAAUUUGACUUUUUAUGUUCUUAAACAAAAUAAAACUCUUUAUACUUCCUUCCUGUAAAAAGUAGGGCUUGUUUACAUGUGUUUUUUCUAAUAAUAGUUUGAUUUGUGUCAAAACUUCUGUAAAAGCAAUGGCAAGGCCCACUCCAAACACAUCAGGUGUUACCAGACCACCUAGGUUGUCAAGUUGACAGGCACAAGAGCUUUUAUUGGAAAUUAUUGAUGCUUAAACAUGGGAAAAUAACAAUUAAUCAUUUCAAUUUGAUUCAAGUGAUGAUUUUUAGCUUUCUGAUGGGUCAGUAAAUGCUCAAUGGAAAUAAAGGAGAUGAUAGUAAUAGUAGUUGUGACAGUUGGCACUUUCGUAAAAAUUUCAAUACAUUUUUUUAAAUAUUAAAACAUCACAAUGUAUAGAGCCUAGAGAAUGGAUUACAAAAACACCAAGAUCAACUUUCUAGCUUAAGUGCUUCAAAAGUUAUGUGGUUUUUUUCAAAACCAUUUUGUUACUAUGGCAACAGUGGAGAUUCAGACAAUACUACUCCUAACGUUACAAAAAUGUGUUUAACUCUGUCACUAAAGGGAAUAUUUUCAAAAUAUAAAAUGCAUUCUGAUCCAAAAUGGAUAUACUUUAUGAGGAUUGAAGCAGAUUAGGAUACCAGCUAUACAGACGAUAUGGUAGUCUUGUAAGUUCAGAUUAAUGCACAUAUUAUUUAAAAAUGUUUAAUUUGAUCUCAGAAUAUUACUAGUAAAAUUUAAACUUUUGUUGUCAUAUUGUUUUAUCUGUUCCAUAUUAUUAUUCUAUGUCUAAUUUCCUUUAAUUUCAUAUGAAAUACAGCUAUCUUGCUAAAAGAAAUGUAUUGAAAAUUAAUUAGUAGAUAAGAUCACCCUAAAAACUGUCCAUUGGCCGAAAACUGGUCUGGCACAAACGUGGAGAAGCCCCCUGGCAUGGACAGAGUUAAAGCUAAAAAUGACUUAAUUUAUUUUUGUGUAACUUGAUAUUUAUAGUUGCAAAGAUUUUAAGAAUAUCAGAAUAUCACUUGUUUUAUCUGCUUGUUAUUUCCUUUUUAAAUAAAUCAGAUUAAUAUGUUAAAGGGGACAUUUUUCUUAAAAAGGCUUUUUAAACAAAAAAAUUCUGUCAAGCAUGAGAAAUGUUGUACCAAUGGAAAUAUGAAAUUUUAAAAUUACAAUUGGCUAUAUCAAUCACUAGCAAAGAUGUUAUGUUAAAAUUAACAUUUUGAAAUUUUAUUUAGGUUAACAUGGCAGAUGCCUUUGGUCAUGUAAUGAUUGAAAAUCUAAAAGCCCGGGACUGUGUUUUAAGUGGAGCCUCAGCUUGUACAAGUUUGACUACACAGAUGAACAGGUGAGACUUGGACCAGGAAUAUUGGAUGGCAUAUUAUUGUACAUACAAAAAAAAUUCUUAACUUUAAAUUUUAAAAGCAACAUGAACCUUCCUCCCCAUGAAUUAAAUGGGCUCAAUUGAUCAUUGACCAAUGCAAAAGAAACGCUUGAUGAAUUCUGAAUUGCUGAGAAUCUUUGGCAUGAAACAUGAAAUUAGAACUAAUGAAUGAAAAACAAUUUAGGAAGGAUAUAUUUUUUUGAAGCUCAUAAUCAUGAAAUAAGUUUGGUAUAUACAUCUUAUGUCUCUAAUUGCAGGUUGGAAGAAGAUGUGUUUGUUUUUAUUUUUUAAGAAAAUUUGACAAAUGUAUUUUAUACUUCACCAAGUCUUGAUUUGGGCAAUUUUAUUCUAUUUCAGGUUUCUCAACAAUGGCUGGAGUGGUGGUGAUGCCUUAGAUAUGUCUGCAGUGUACAGAUAUCUACCACAGGAAGAUUUGCAAAGGUUGGGGAACUACUAGCCUAUCAAAUUACUGGCUAAAAAUCCUUAUAAAGUUUUUGAUCAAUUGUAGUAAAACUUAGUGCAUAAAAUAUUGGUCUUUGAGGGAUGAGCUUUGUUUCACUAAAGCUUCAUCCAAUUAAAGAUUUUAAAGUAGUGAUAGUAAAGGCUAUGUAUUUAGCCAAAAAAAAAUUUGUAAGCUGAUAUAUUUAUGUCUUAUUAUACUAUCAAUUUUUGUCUUAGCAUUGAUUCUCUUCGUUUUGAAAGGCAUAUUUUUUAUUUUAAAAGGGAUAAUUUUUGUUUUAAAAGGUAUGUUUUUUGUUUUUAAAAGCAUAUUUAUAUAUAUUUAAAUCAAUAUCCACUUGCAUCUGCAGAAUAGAAAGGCUCGAGUUACUUGAUGAAAGAGAGCUACUAGAACAGCUGUUGUCCCACUACUGUCUAGUAUGGGCCUACAAGGAUACAAGCAAUCUAGGACUCCACGCCAUCAGCUUGUCAUGACCUUUGAAAUAGCAACCAGAUAUUGUAAGCAUAAAAUGUACCUUCUCUCACAAAGAAAUACUGAAAUGGCAAUAGAAGGAACUUAAAAUCCCACCAACACCCAUUGCCAGCAGACAAAGUAUCUGGAGAAAGUUUGUAAACCACAUCCGGCUUGUGUACUGAACACAACAGCUCAACAGCUGGAACCUUUCGUCAAGAGGUGUAUGGUGUCCAUUAUGAAGCAAGGUAUUUUGAGAGUGAAAAUUUGUUCUUUUUUUUUUUAAGUUGCAUUAUGCAAGCACCUCAUUUUUCAUGUUAGUGUUGUGAAUUUUUUUUUCACUGGAUUUGGAAUAGCUGCAAUGAAAGUUGUAAGUGGAGAUUGAUAAUUGUGAUAGCAUCAGGAAACUGUAAAUCAUGUUUGUUGAGAAGAUUUAUGACUGGUGAUUUUUAGACAGCCCUUGAUUUUGACUGGAUCAGCAUUUGUGCUUUAAAAAAAAAUGGAUUAACCAGUUUAGUAAAUGACAAAAGCUCAUUGCUAAAUGCUCUAUCAGUACUAUACUCUAAAUAAAAGAACAGAAAGACCUCUAAUUAUACUCUUGAACAUUAUUUCAAAAUAGUACAGUACUGGUACAUAUUUUUAUGUAUUCACAAUUUGAUUCUCAGUUAAAUAUUCAAAUAUGUAAGAAAAUAUAGCUUAGCUCAAUUUCUAUUUAAACCCUUUUUUCUUAGUUUUAAAAACAAAAUUAACUUUUGAUCAUUGGUUGCUUUGUAUAUUUUAAAUCUCAAUAUUUAUUUUAUUGGAAUUUUAUUUUUUAGGUUGUUUUUUUUAUUACAAAUUUAAGACAUGUUUUUUUUACCUCCAGAAAUAAACUUCACUUCAACAUUUGCAGAUGAAUUUUUGCAUUGCUUAGAUUUUAUACUCAUUACAAUCAUUAUAUUUAUUUAACUUCCACCCAUUUAAUUCAGAGUUUCAGUCUUUAAAAAAAAUUUGACGCACCAAGAGGAUAAUCAUAGUUUUAAUUGUCAUAUUGUAAUUACUAUUAUGUUUUCAAUCAUGCUUUUUAUUUUUAGUCCUUUAAUGAAACUCGAAUCAGAAGAAAAGCAUUUACUAGAAAUGACACCAUGCCUUGAUUUUAUGGCUGAUUAUUUCAAUGAAAUUUAUAAAACUUUUCGGAGUGUCCAGUGUGAAGACAAAUGUGAGAACAUUGAUCUGUUCUGGUUACUGCAAAGGAUAAAAAUAAACACCUCCUUGAAUCUUGUCAGUUUCUCCAAUGGGAAAAGUAUGAAGCAGCUGGCCUUUAAAGAAUAUGGGUCUUUGCCCUUUCUUAUGUCCAAAAAGUAUCCAACCACUUGCUUUAAUCUAAUGAUAUUUCAAUUAGCUUUUGAAUUACCAAGAGUAUUUGUAACAUUGGGUUUAAGAUCUAAUUAGAGUCCUUCUCUCUCCUCUUAUGUCAGUGGUGUUGAUCAUUUCAAGUGCACCAUUGUUUGAGAUACCGGUACCAUACUUAAAAUAAAACCAACAAUUUUUUUUAACCAAUGCUAAUUCUCAUUUGAACUAUCUGGUAUUGGUUUUGACACUUGGUUUACAGGGCCACAAAAAAACUGGUUAGCACAGCCUGUCCCAAUUUCCUUAUUUAAUCAUUCCUAAAUUAAAAUGAUGUAAAAUAUUCACUUACCAGUUAGAAAGAUGUCAGUCAAUUUUAAUAUAUUAUUAAACCCUUCAAUCAAAAUCAGAUGGCCAUUGAAUGGAUGUUGUAUUUUUUUUUUAUUUAAAUACUUUCAAUAAAGUGUUUUGGUAUGUCAGCUAUCAG